AUGGCGCCACGACAGCAGGCGCAGCGGCGCAACACCCAGGCAGCGCCGAGCGAGCAUGUCUACGCACUGGGCGUUCGGGGCAGAAAGACGGGUGUCGUCCUGGAAGAUACCGGCGAGCGCGACGAGUAUGGCAUGGAGCCCGUGGACAACCUGUUUUCGUCGCCCGAGAAGGAGGCCAAUGGCAACAUGAAUACCCUGUCGGAUGACGAGGAGGACAUGGAUAUUGAUGAAGUCUCGACCCUGGGUCCGGCAACCGUCGCGCGCAUGAGGAGGGAGAGGCUAUCGCUACCCAAGGCCCGGUCCCCCGGCAAGACACACCUGAACUCGCCCGCACGCCAUAACCCACACAUAAACCGCCUGUCGUCGCCCACGAGGGGGAGUUAUAUCGCCGACGAGGAGCCCGGCAGCAGCCAGACAAAAUCCGCAAAGCGGCGCCUGGACUUCUCCAAGGACCCCAAGAUGAGGCCAGUCGCCAACGGGCACCCCAAACCGAACGGCUCCAGCCAGGCAUCGCAAGCGUCACGGGCCUCCAAGCCCUCUAGGCCGAACGGGUACGGGGACCACGACUCGGAGGAGGAGCACGCUGCUUCACGAGCGCGCAAGCAGAAGGCACCCGUGUUCGAACAAGAAGACGAAGAAGAUUCGGAAGAGGACCAGGAGGAAGAGCAAGAGGAAGAGGAAGAAGAAGAGGAGGACGAGGCGGAACCCAUGGACUUUCUCGAAACCGGUGGGGACGAUUUGGAGCCGCCAGUAGAAGACGAAGAAGAGCCUGAGGAAGAAGAUGAGGAGGACGAGGAGCUCGAGCCUGUUGUCGAAGAGCCCAAGAAGCGUGGCCGCAAACCUAAGACUUUGCCGUCUCCGCCAGUGGAAGAAGCCUCGGAGUCUGAACCCGAGCCGGAGGAAGUCAGCGACGAACCCGUCAAAAAGAAGCGAGGCCGCCCAGGGAAGAGAGAUUCGCUUCAGGAUGCCGAGCCGGCCGUUCAACCUGUGAAACGCGGUCGAGGCCGUCCCUCACUUAAUAAGGAUAACGAGCCUGACGAUGCCGUGGCCGAGGAGCGCCUGGCUAAGAGGCCGAAGACAGAAGCCCCCAAGAUCCCAACGACAAAAGGCAAGCCCGGCCGCAAGCGAAAGUCAUCAACGGGUGGUGCUGAUUCCCCUGUUGCACCCUCGCGGCCCCCCAUGCCCAAGAGGCGAAGCCUCGUGAGCAUGAGGCGCGACGACCUCGAGAUCCGGACUACCCGUUCCGGCCGAGUGUCGACAAAGCCGCUGGAAUUCUGGCGCGGUGAGCACUACGACUAUGACGAAGAAGAGGAGGAUUGCAUCGAAGACAAGGGCGGUCGGCGUAUCAAGAUCGGCAAACAGGUCAAGGGUGUGGUUCGCGUUGAGUACGAUGACGACGCGGAUAAGCCGAAACGACGUCGAGGCAGACCGGCAUCUGGUGCGGUUGGCCGGCCCAGGCGCCGGGUCUCCGACAUCGAGGAGGAGAUCGAGCGCGAAGAAUGGGAAAUGGACCCCGGCCGCAUGACCGGCGAGUGCAUAUACUGGUACCCACAGUUCGAGUUCAACCCGCCGGCGGACGAGGACCAGGUCGAGGUGAUGGAGGAGGAGCUGGCCAUCUCGGAGUCGGCCAUCCAGAUGAAGGACAUCAAGGACGCCACGUUCCGCUUCGCCAAGACCAUGACGACGCCCUUCUUCGGGUCCGGCAUCGUCGACCUGCCCCCGCACUCGGAGAAGCGCACCAAGAACGCGAGGAAGAUGCAGAUGGUCUUCUUCGUGCACUACGGCAACGUCGAGGUCACGGUCGCGUCCACUGUGUUCCGGAUCACCAAGGGCGGCAUGUGGUUUGUGCCACGAGGUAAUCACUACAGCAUAGUAAACGACACAGACAGACCAGCGCGCAUGUUCUUCUGCCAGGGCUGCGAGGUCCUGGUCUCGGCGGCUGAGAGCCAGGAGUUAUAA